GCUCUUCUUCCCGUUUGUUGUUUGGUUUGUUCGAAGGUCGAGAAACAGCAAUCAUGUCAAGGAAAUUCUUUGUUGGUGGUAACUGGAAGAUGAAUGGAGACAAGAAGAGUCUGGGUGAAAUCAUCAAUACCCUAAACUCUGCCAAGCUCGACCCCAACACAGAAGUGGUCUGUGGUGCCCCAUCAAUCUACCUAGAUUUUGCUAGGUCCAAGCUGGACCCAAAGAUCGGAGUGGCUGCGCAGAACUGCUACAAGGUUGCAAAAGGUGCCUUUACUGGGGAGAUCAGCCCUGCGAUGAUUAAGGACUGUGGUGUUAACUGGGUUAUCCUCGGCCACUCAGAGAGGCGCUGGGUCUUCGGAGAGACCGAUGAGCUUAUUGGUCAGAAGUGUGCCCACGCCCUGGAGAAUGGCCUAGGUGUCAUUGCCUGCAUUGGUGAGAAGCUGGACGAGAGGGAGGCAGGCAUUACAGAGAAGGUUGUCAACGCACAGACCAAGCACUUCGCAGACAACAUUAAGGACUGGUCCAAGGUUGUGCUCGCUUAUGAGCCCGUCUGGGCCAUCGGGACUGGAAAGACCGCCUCCCCGGCUCAGGCUCAGGAAGUUCAUGACAAACUUAGGCAGUGGGUUAAGGCCAACGUGUCAGCGGAAGUCGGCAACUCUGUCAGGAUAAUCUAUGGAGGUUCCGUGACCGGGGGCACCUGCAAGGAGCUGGCCAGCAUGGCAGACGUGGACGGUUUCCUGGUUGGCGGUGCCGCGCUUAAGCCGGAGUUUGUUGACAUCAUCAACGCCAAGCAGUAACAAUCCUACAUGGAAGCAUCUGAGGCCGAUUGUAUCCAGAUGGACACCCCCCCCAUCAACUCGAACUCUUAACCCUCAAACAAGCCCCCCUUUUUUUUAUUCAAUGUAUGUCAUUUGCCUGUUGCCUUUUUUGGUUAUGCAUUUCAAAGAAAAAGGGACAGGUUGACGUGUAAUGUAAUGCACUGAAGAGUUGGCGCCCUUGAGAUGCUGUGGGUUUGUCUACUGAACUCAUCCAGUGUUAAAGGGGACCGCGCUCAACAAUCCUGUGGUGGAAUGACAAAGUUUACACUAAUGUAUAAAGUGUCAAACUUAGCAAAGUCAAUCGGAUUCACUUGUCUUUGUAAUAUAGUGGAUGCUUUGUGUAAUUGUUGUAUCGUGUAUAUUCCUUCCAGUUAAACGGAUCACAUGCUUUCUCAUUGGCUAUUACGUCAAACAGGGAGGUGUCAUUACAUGUCAAUUGUUUGUCAUGGCUGAUUGGUUAGAAGGGGGAGAGGGCUAGGUAACACUGUAAUAAAAGGUUUGAGUC